AUGGUUCAAUUUUAUAAGUCUGUGCUUGUUGCGCUGGGGUUAUUCUCGGUGGCCCACUCCUCUCUGAUUGAUAUCGAUUUGGACUUGGACUUGUCGACUGACAAUGGAUGUUGCCCACAACGCAAUGAAGCUAGCCGGAAAGAAUGGGGAGAAUUGACGCCGUCGCAGCGGAUCGACUAUACUGACGCUGUUCUUUGUAUGCAGAAGCAGCCUCAACACCUGCCAAGAGAAGAGUUCCCGGGAGUACGGAAUCGAUUUGAUGAUUUUGUGGCAACCCACAUCAACUACACUCUUCACGUACAUUACAGCGGUCUCUUCCUCCCAUGGCACCGCCACUUCCUCUGGCUCUGGGAGACAGCCCUACGAGACGAGUGUGGAUACACAGGACAUCUCCCAUACUGGGAUUGGCCCAAAUGGGACAAUGAUCUAGCCGCCAGCCCACUCUUCGACUGUAGCGAGAGUUCUCUCUCCGGCGACGGCGAAUACAACCCGGGAGAACAAAGCAUUCAAGGCGGAUCCCAGACUCUCCCACCAGGCACAGGCGGCGGCUGCGUGCGAUGCGGACCAUUCAAAGAUAUGGAGCUGCACCUAGGACCCUUCUCUCGAAACCUUGCAUCGACAACGGAAAUCCCAGCCCCAGGCUUCGACUAUAACCCUCGAUGCUUCAACCGCAGUCUUAACAACUUCGUCAGCAGCAACUAUAACAACGAGACGAUCGUCGACCGCCUGCUGUCCUCGACCGACAUCAUUGAUUUCCAAACGGUCAUGGACCACUGGCCACCACGCCCAGACGGGGUACUAGGUCCCCAUGGCGGCGGCCACUUCAGUCUCGGCGCAACACUCCAAGACCUGUUUGCCUCGCCGCAGGACCCGGCCUUCAUGCUGCACCAUGCGAUGAUUGAUCGGCUGUGGAGUAUCUGGCAAAACAAGGACGCAAAGAAUCGAAACGCAAUCAAUGGAACCAACGCGAUUCUCAACCCGCCGACCGGGAAGCUCGUCACGCUCGAUAUGGAGAUGGAGUUUGGUGUUCUUGAUCGGCCCCGAACAAUCGGCGAGGCUAUGGAUCCUACCAAGGAUGGAUAUUGUUAUUCUUACACCUGA